AUGUUCUUUUGCUGCCUGGCUCAUCAUGAUGAAACCAAUUCAUAUCUCCCGUGCCUAUUAUGCGUACUACGAAGGUAUUUAGAUAUCGAUAAGCACUUCUACGUAUAUCUUUAUUUAUUUCCCUGUGUAUUCGUUGAAUCUUUCUUUCUAUUCACUUGUGUCUUUUACUGUACGCUCUCUGCACUCCCUAUUUAUGUAUAUAUAUUUACCCUCGUCUUUCUUUCUGUACGCGUCUUGUUUAUAUCACUGUACACUCUCAUUUCUAUAUUUAUACAUAUCUUUUCUUCUUUCUUUCUUUCUUUCUUUCUUUCUUUCUUUAUUUCUUUCUUUCUAUUAAAUUUUGCCUUUUGCUGUCUCCACUCUCGUUACAUUAUGUCUUUCUUUCUUUCUUUCUUUCUUUCUUUCUUUCUUUCUUUCUUUCUUUCUUUCUUUUUUUUUAUUCACUUGCCAUUUCCUGUACACACGCUUUACUGUUACACAUUUCUUUCUUUCUUUCUUUCUUUCUUUUUCUUUCUUUCUUUUCUUUCUUUCUUUGUCUACGUCUCAUUUCUUUUCUUUUCUUUUCUUUCUUUCUUUCUAUUAAAUUUUGUCUUUUGCUGUCCACUCUCGUUACAUUAUGUCUUUCUUUCUUUCUUUCUUUCUUUCUUUCUUUCUUUCUUUCUUUCUUUCUUUUUAUUCACUUGCCAUUUCCUGUACACACGCUUUACUGUUACACAUUUCUUUCUUUCUUUCUUUCUUUCUUUCUUUCUUUCUUUCUUUCUUUCUUUCUUUGUCUACGUCUCAUUUCUUUUCUUUUCUUUUCUUUCUUUCUUUCUAUUAAAUUUUGUCUUUUGCUGUUCUCGUUACAUUAUGUCUUUUCUUUCUUUCUUUUCUUUCUUUCUUUCUUUCUUUCUUUUCUUUCUUUCUUUUUAUUCACUUGCCAUUUCCUGUACACACGCUUUACUGUUACACAUUUCUUUCUUUUCUUUCUUUUCUUUCUUUCUUUCUUUCUUUCUUUCUUUCUUUCUUUGUCUACGUCUCAUUUCUUUUCUUUUCUUUUUUUUUUUCUUUCUAUUAAAUUUUGUCUUUUGCUGUCCACUCUCGUUACAUUAUGUCUUUCUUUCUUUCUUUCUUUCUUUCUUUCUUUCUUUCUUUCUUUCUUUCUACACCCUUUCUGUAUACACUAUUUUUUCUGCAUAUACCCACUCAGCACCCGCCCCUCUACUUUCGCUCAAAGUCGAUAAAUCUGCUUCUUCCAAACUUCAUACUGCUGCUACUAUUCGUCCAACGAAUGACAUCACCUUACGCCAUCAUGACAUCAUCCACUCAGCGCCAGUAACGUCAGCUAUGAUAUCACCACGACGUCAUACACUCCUUGUCAUUCUUAGCCAUGACAUCAACUUGACGUCACAUCACUCAGCAGAAAUACUUGUCUUUCCGGGGCUCAUACCACUUUCUAUCUAUCUAUCUAUCUAUCUAUCUAUCUAUCUAUCUAUCUAUCUAAAUCUGUUCAAAUCUAUCUAUCUAUCUAUCUAUCUAUCUAUCUAUCUAUCUAUCUAUCUAUCUAUCCAUCUUAAUCUGUUCAAAUCUAUCUAUCUAUCUAUCUAUCUAUCUAUCUAUCUAUCUAUCUAUCUAUCUAUCUAUCUAUUGAGCUAG